AUGGGAGAUGAAGUCGAUCGAAGAUUGAAUGCGGCAUUGGAUAAGGCUGUCGAUGAAUAUAUUGAAGACACAUACAACAACAUCGUCAACAACCAAACAAAGAAACAAAGCAAACGUGCAUAUGUCGAACGAAACCGCGAAGAGGGCCACUCAAGACUAUGGAAUGACUACUUUAGUGAAAAUCCUACAUUUCCGCCUCAUUUAUUCAGACGACGUUUCCGCAUGAACAAGGCGGUAUUCAUGCGUAUUGUCGAUCGCCUCUCAGAAAAUUUUCCCUUCUUUCAACAAAGAAAAGAUGCAACUGGGAGGUUAGGUCUAUCUCCACUCCAAAAGUGUACGACGGCUCUUCGUAUGCUUGCUUAUGGCUGUGCUGCUGACGCCGUUGACGAGUAUCUCCGACUUGGAGAAAGCACAGCACUUUCAUGUUUAAGCAAUUUCACAGAAGGCAUAAUACAGUUAUUUGGAGAUGAGUAUCUACGAACGCCCACUCCAGAGGAUCUUCAACGACUACUCGAUAUUGGAGAGAUACACAGCUUUCCUGGGAUGAUAGGAAGCAUCGACUUUACCUUAACCGAUAUUAACGUCCUCGAUCGGUCUCCUGUUUUUGAUGACAUUUUACAAGGUCGAGCUCCAAGGGUAAAAUAUGUGGUCAACGGGCACCAGUAUGAUUUGGCGUACUACUUCACAGACGGCAUAUAUCCAAAAUGGUCAACAUUCAUCCAAUCUAUCUCAAACCCUCAAGGUCCUGAAGCAGAGUUAUUUGCUAAUGUUCAAGAAGCAACCCGAAAAGAUGUGGAGCGUGCUUUUGGAGUUUUACAAGCUUGA